CUUUUCUUUCAUCUUCAUUAGCACCUAACUUGCUCAUCAAAUAUCCAGUUUCAUUUUAUUUAAUUUCUAUUUAUUUUUAUUUAUACAAGUGAUAAUCUGGUUGUUCCCACCAUUUUGUGUCUUUCUGUUUUGUUUCUUCUUUCCUUAUCUUUUAUCCAUUACUUUUAAAAAACCAACCCAUUUUUUUGCUAUCUUUGGAUAUUUUCAGGAAACAUGAGUGCUGGUCCAUCCAUUUUAAAGACCAAAGGUACUCAUACAGUUAACCAUGCAACCACUAGUGAAAUGGUUGCCUUAAAAAGCGGUGAUGAAUCUUUCUUUGAUUUUUCUGGUGCUCGUUCACUUGGGUCUAUUGAAAAUGAAGAUAGUCAACCUCCUACCAAAAGACGAAAGCAGGAUGUCAAAAGUGGCAAAGGGUUACGGCAUUUUUCCAUGAAGGUAUGUCAAAAGGUUAAAGAUAAAGGCACGACAACUUACAAUGAAGUUGCUGAUGAAUUGGUCGCUGAAUUUUCUUCUGACCCACUUGCAAACCGUACUGCUUUUUCUGGUAGAUUCUCAGGAGGUGAUGCUGAGCCAUUUGAUCAAAAAAAUAUUAGACGACGUGUAUAUGAUGCCCUAAAUGUUCUUAUGGCAAUGAAUAUAAUCAACAAAGAGAAAAAAGAAAUCAAAUGGAUCGGUUUACCCACCAAUGCAUCUCAAGAGGUUGUCGAGUUAGAAAAGGAGAAGCAAGAACGGUUAGAAAAAAUCAGUGCCAAGAAAGAACAAUUGAGAGACCUAUUGAUUCAACAUAUUGCUCUCAGAAAUUUGAUUGAAAGAAACAAAAGUGAUCCUGUUGUAUCUUCCAAUGCCAAAAUCCAUUUACCAUUUAUAAUUGUAAAUACAGACAAACGCACGGUCAUUGAUUGCUCCAUAAGUAAUGACAAAACAGAGUAUCUGUUUAAUUUUGAUAAUGCGUUUGAAAUUCAUGAUGACGUUGAAGUCUUGAAACGAAUGGGUAUGGCUUUAGGUUUAGAUCGCAAUGAAUUGGUACAAAUUGACCGGGAUGUCUAUGAAAAAGCACGAACAUUACUGCCAGAAGCUUUAAGAUCCAGCCUUGAUGAAAUGGUUGAAGAAAAGGGCACCAUUAUAACAAAUUAGCUAUAAAUUUUUGCUGUUCAAAAUUUCCAAAUUUAAUUUUUAGAAAAUCGACUAUGUUUAUUGGACUUCAAUUUUAAAUAAAACGAUUUAAUAUCAU